CCCUAAAAGAUGCCAAGUAUGAACUUUUUGCUUCGUAUCGAGUUGCGAGUACUGUAAGCGUGUUGUGUUGGACAAUAAUAAGAAUAAUACAUUGAAAAUAAUUCUUAAUUCUUCAGAACAACAGCUGCACUAACUUUACCUCAAGCGGAUUCCAUCUAGUUGCGAGAAUGAUCUAAAAUGGAACCUAAAUUUUAUAAGCUGUUAUUAAAUUGUCUUCUUAUCGUUGGCGUAUACUCCUGGCCCAUCCAUUUUAAUGAUGGGUGUCAAUAUGAAGAGAAACCGUGCAAAUAUGAAGUCUACUGCAACAAAUUUGUUGACAUCAGUUUCUAUCAAACGUUUAGACAUUACAAUCCUUGUUCUACAACCUUAUCUUAUAGAGGCAACAGUUUCGACCCCAUAUACCUCGUGAUGAAGAAUUACAUCACUGAAACACACCCAGAUGGAACUGUCAAUUUACUUAUGUCAGACAAGGAGGGUUCUGCCAACAUAGUAUACUCUCUUGAUUUCAGUGGUAAUGAUUAUUAUUCAGUACCUCCUUUAUAUUCUAUGGCCAGUCUUCACAUCUUAAAUUUUUCUUAUAAUUCGAUCACAGAAGCAAAGCUAUCCAAUGGUUAUGAACUCGAGUCUCUGGAAGUUCUAGAUUAUUCUAACAAUGCUGUAAGUUCAAUCGUCGUUGACAAUAACCAGCAUCCGUAUAACAAUUUGAGAAAUUUAAAUCUCUCUAACAACUAUUUGGUUGCGUUUCAAGAUCUAGCAUUUGACUCACUUACUGAAUUAGAACAUUUGGAUUUGUCUUUCAACUUCAUCGAUUCAUUAAAUAUAUUAACGUUCGAAGGAUUAAAAAAUUUGAAGGUCCUGAAUAUGAGACAUAACAGAUUGUCUGAAUUAGAUUCAUCGUUAUUAAGGUUCAGAAAGUUAACGGAAUUAUACCUCAGUGAAAACAAAAUUAACACUGUAAAAUUAAAUGAUUUCGAAAAAUUGAGUGAAUUAAAAAUUUUAGAUUUAAGUUCAAAUAAUAUAAUCAAUAUUGAAAAAAAUGCCUUUAACAGAAUGAUCCAUUUAAAAUAUUUGAAUUUGAGAGAUAAUCUUCUGGCAUAUGUUGAAAAGGAAACAUUUACAAAUCUUACCUCCUUGACGAAGAUAGACUUAACCAAGAAUAAUUUCAAAUAUCUACCCAAAGACUUAUUUAAAGAUAAACAAGUAUGCGAUUUUUUUAUAAAUGACAACAAAUUAGAAGGAUCUAUUACAAAAGGAAUGUUUGAAGGUUUAAGCCAGGUAAAAGAACUAGAUUUAAGUCAUCAAAGAUUGACAUCUAUAGAAGAUUUUGCAUUUUACGGCCUUGAAAACUUAAACACGCUCUCAUUGAACAAUAAUAGCUUACAAACUUUGUCUAAGCAAUCAUUCAAUACUUUACGAUCAUUGGAAAUGUUAGAUCUGUCACAAAACCUGUUGAUGAGCAUAGAAUUUGAUACAGUGGAUCUUAUAAGUCUUAGAUCUUUGCUUCUGAGUAAUAAUCAGCUCUUUGAAGUGAAACAUAAAUACUUCAAUGGUUUACAUGCCCUGCAAUUUUUGGACAUGUCCAAUAAUAAUGUAUCGAAAUUGGAAAGCAAUUCAUUUACAGCUCUACAUGAUCUAAUAAAUUUACAAAUAUCUAGUAAUCCAAUCAGUGGGACAAUCGAAGAGGGUACAUUUGAAGGGCUUAGUUCUUUACCAGUACUAGAUAUUUCUAAUACUUUAUUGACAGCUAUUAAAAAUGGUUCAUUUAACGGCAUGACGCAACUAAAAGAACUUAACAUAUCUCACAGUAAUAUUUCAAAAAUACAAUUUAAUUCGUUUUCUGGAACCGGACUAAUUGAAAUUCUGGAUCUUUCUUUCAAUAAACUUGCAGAAUUUUUCGUCAAUACCACAGAUUUAAUUAACGUAGGUCGUUUAAUAUUAAACAAUAAUCUGUUAACUAAUAUAUCGCCUAAUACUUUUAAAGGUUUACCACGACUUACAAAAAUGGUUCUGUCUCAUAACUAUAUUAAUAAUAUUGACAAAGAUGCAUUAGUAGAGCAGAAAGACAUUAGAUUUCUAGAUUUAUCCUAUAAUUUGAACUUAAAAUUAGACGUCUCACAGUUUGAAAAACUGCAAAAUCUACGUUCUCUAUCACUGUCUGCGAUCCAAACAAAUAUAACAUUUGCACAAGUAAAAGGCAUUAGAUUAUCUAUUUUGGAGAUGUCCUAUUCGGGAAUUUCUAACAUAACUUAUUUGGAACUUGGAAAAUUACAAAACCUAAAUACUUUAGUUUUAAGCCACAACAAUAUAACUAAAGUGGAAGUUGGGGCAUAUAAUGGAAAUAAUGAUUUGAGACAACUCGAUUUAAGUUUCAAUAAGCUUACAUUUAUUCAGCCCGGUGCGUUCAAAUACAAUUCACUAUUGCAAACCCUCAAUAUAUCUCACAACUUAUUAACUUCUAUAGGAUAUGGAAUUUUUAGAGGUUUAUUAUAUUUGGAAACAUUAGAUAUGUCCUAUAAUCAAAUAGGUGACUUAAAAAGUGAAAGGUUUUAUGAAAUACGGAGUCUUAGCGUGUUGAUUGUAGACUAUAAUAGAAUAGAAACUGUGAAUCUGGACGAAUUUGCCGGAAUAAAUUUAUCAAAACUUAGCAUAGGUGAUAAUCCUUUACCCUGCGAAAUGCUUGUCAAUUUAAAGAAAACUAGCCUUCCCUUUGCUAUAACAGCUAUUCGCUUGGAUGAACACAGCGAUGAAAACAUAGACGGCGUAACGUGUAAUAUGAAUCACUUUAUUCCUUAUGAGAAAUCAGCGAGUGAAAAAAUAGGUAACGAGGGAAUCCUUCUUGACAUUCGGAACAUCUUAUACAAUAUCACAUCUUUCAAAUCUAAAGAGUCGAUUGUGUUUGCGUCAAACAAUGAUUCUAAAUACCUUUCAAACAUAAAUACCCAAAUUGAAAAAUUGGAUACUCAUUUGAAUUUCACUAGUAGUAAUACUAAUUUGUUCCUACAAAACAUAUCUGCAGCGCUUGUUAAUGAAACCAAGAAUGCAAAUGUGUUGUUAGAUAAAAUAUUCAAAACUUUGAAUACGCGUAAUGCCGUUAUUCGACCUCAAAUUAUACCCGUGCCUAAAGAAAAUGCUACUGUUGAAAAUCUAUUACCCUACAUAAAUAAAGUCAAACAGGAAUUGGAAGAUACAAUUUUAGUUGAAAAACAAAAUAUUCUUAACGAAGUGGACAGUAAAUUAUCAAUUAUAAAUUCUGCUAAAGAGACAGUGACCAUUCCAUCCCAACAAGCGUUUUCCAGCACAGAUCAUUCAGACUCUAAAUCAUUUAUAUUUAUUGAAAUAUGUGUAGGUUUGAUUCUUGUCAUUCUAAUAUUGUUUAUUUUAUAUAAAUUCUACAACUCCGGAAUGUUUGUACCGAGUAGAUUCUCAAACAGCACAAGGCACUUACCGGAUGCUAUGGAGAAUUCAGCAUUGUAGAUGAAAGAAACACAAUAAGUAUAAGUCUAAUGUAGAAAAUGAAACGUUCAAAAUCGGUCUUAGAAGACGAUAUUGAUUUUUGGACACACAGAAGCGAUUGGAGAGAACAUGCAUUUAAGACUGCUAGAGAUGAAAAUAUAUAAGGAGGUCAUUUCCAAGUGGAAGCGCAAAAGCUAAAACUAAUAAUAGUAAUACCAAACGAAAUCUUAGUACUGACAUAAAUGAGUAAAGUUACUGAUCUACAAAAUCAUUAUUAUUGAAAAUUGGUAAUAGAAGGUGCAAUAAUUACUUAUUUAUUAUGUGUACUCUAUGUUACCAGUAGGUACUUAGUUUAAAUGAUUUGACAUCAUCUACAUUAGGGGCCGCCCAUUAGUCAUGUGAUGUUUUUUUUGGCAUUUUCAACCCCCCCCCUUCCCCUUGCCACGGGGGGAGGGGGGGGGGUUGAACGUCGGGCCCUAGACGUUCUUUAAAAAAAUAAAAAUAAACAUAAAAUAUUGGUAUACAAUUGAGUAAUUUAGCUGCCUAAUAUCAUUACUUAUCUUUGACCUAGGAAACUACCCAAUCUUCUUUCUUCUAUUGUGUGGGUUGUGAGGUUGAGUACCAACGUCAUCAACCCUGGUGUCGGGGUCACUAUUGAGCCGGCAUAUGCCCCUAAAAUGGCUCAAUCAAUCAAUCAAUCAAUAAUACUUUAUUGCACAACAACAUAUACAAAGGACAUAAACAAACGAAUAAAACAUAAGCACAAUAGGCUCAUAUAACGACUACUUACUUACAUCAGUAAAUAGUAACCGGGACCAACGGCUUAACGUGCCUUCCGAAGCAUGGAUCAUUUUACUUUCAGACAAUCUGAUGAUCAGCCAGUAAUGUCCUAACCAAACUAGGGACCACAAAGUAAUUUUUGUGAUAUGUCCCCAUCGGGAAUCGAACCCGGGACCUCCGGAUCGUGAGCCCAGCAUUCAACCACUGGACCACGGAGGUCGUACCCAAUUGUAAAAGGUUUUGCCAAAAAUUUCAGAUACAUCAGUUAGCGCGAUUAGUGACGAUUAUAUAAUGCGUGCAUUGCGCAAUGGUUCGGGCUCCUCGCUCCUAAUAAAAAUCGUAUAAUGUUAAUGUUACUAACACUACACUUAAGUUUUUGUGUACUACUAACGUAAUAUGGACUGUUAUCUGAAAUAAAAAAAAGAAUUAUU